AUGGUGAAAGGUGAGAGGGGGUUAGAUGUAAAUAUACAAGCUCAUGCUACAUGUUGGAAUACACAACAUGUACAGCAUUUGUUACCUCUCUCUCUCUCUGUCUCAUACUGUACACACACACACAAUCAAUCAAACAGCAAAGCAGGACACGGUCAAACUGUAGGCUUCUGAAUCAGAUAGCUCAAUCUGCCCCUUCCCCAUAAAUCAAUAACCAUGGGCUUCUAUGCAGGGUUUGUUUAUUAUGGUUCCUGAUUGGCAUCCACCAUUGCUUUCACCCCUAUUCCUUCUGGUUGGGAUCAGUGCAGAUAAAGGAGAGGAGACAAGGAGAGGAAGCCACUGUUGAUUAUUGAGAUACACCCCCAUGUCUUUGCUUUGGCAGGGGAGUAGACGAGGGGACAGUCGUAUCCUAUAAAUAGAAGGGAGGAAUGGCGUUGAUAGGCCCUGUGGAUGGAAGUGGGGGGGAGUGGAAAAAGGAUUAAAAGAGAUACAGGACCGUAUUCCGACUUCACUUGUGUGUGUGUGUGUGUGUGUGUGUGUGUUUGGCAGAGGUGAUUUGUAGAUGAGUAGUGUGGAUUUCACCACUGGGCAAAGUCUUUCCUCUGAAGGUCCCUAUGGGAGGAGUUUCUGAUCUGACCGAUUAUUAACAUUGUUUGGUGGUUGAUCUGUCACUUGUCCAUUGGUCAAGACCAAUACUCCACAAUAUUUUAAUUUUGAGACUGCAUUGACCAUGUGACCAAUGACCAAAGACAUUGUCGUAAUGUCAAGUACAUAAUGAUGGGCUAACGUUUAAGCAACAUUGUAUAUGGCUACAACAUGGUUACUAUGUCUAGAAAACUGACAAUUCCUGCCCUAGUACAAUGGUUAACCAAAGUUAAAUGGUCUGAUGUAUAAUGUUUGCUUAGCCUGAAAAUGCCGGUGCUUUAGAGGUAGAUGCGUGCCCAGGCCUGAAAGUUAUCAUGAACCACACAACCCUCACACAACUAAGGAUUUGUCGAAUCCUUUUUCAACAAGCAAACACCAUCUACCAACAUUGUCUACUUUUCCAAAGAUAGCUGAUAGCAAGCGUAUUGCUCAAGUGCAAAAGGCUCAAAGGACAUCUAAUAGUGCAAAUGAGGUUGGUCAAUGUAUAGAAAUGACAGCAUCAGUUCAUUGUGAGUUGGUUGGGAGAGAGUAUAAUGCAAUAAGUAAGACAACGAUGGAUAUAGUUUCCCUAAUGGUGCCUUGUUUCCCAUAGCCAUUGUUUUUGUGGUAUGUAGUCAACGUAAAUGUUAGGGCUGUGCUGCAUUGUAACUGAAAGCCUCUGUUGUGUCUGUUGUGUGGUUGUGUGGGAGUGUGUGUGUGUGUGUGUUUGUGUGUGUCACUCCCAGUCUCUUAUUUUGAAAGAAUGGGCAACUAAAAUAACCACCUAGUUGUAAAAUAAUGUGUGAACAAUCCCUUUCUUUCCCUCCCCAUAUCAAUCCAGUUUAUAAAUAGUGUACUUCUGAAGUUCAACCUUUACCAACUGUUGAAGCUGUCUGAAGCCUUCCGCUUAAUUUCACCCUUCCUCUGUCUUUCUCUCCUCCCUUUGUCUCGUUCCCUCGCCACACCUUCCCCUGGGAAUGGAGUGAUAGCAGGAGAACAGAGGUGGAGCUCUUUGCGCUAGCAGCACAGGUGUGCUUGUUUUUUUCACUCCUUCUCCUAAAGCCUUCUCCAGUUCCUCCUCUUGCCACCUGCCAGGUGAAAAAUACCCUGAGCAAAGUGAAUGGCUUCUUUCCUAUUGGUGUCUUAUUGGUCUAUUGCAGCAUUUCCCAAACUCAGUCCUUGGGACCCCAAGGGGUGCACAUUUAGUUUUUUGCCCUAACACUACACAGCUGAUUCAAAUGAUCAAAGCUUGAUGAUUAGGUUAUUAUUUGAAACAGCUGUGUAGUGCUAAGGCUAAAACCAAAACGUGCAGCCCAAGGGUCCCGAAGACCAAGUUUGGGCAACCCUGGUCUAUUGGCUUCCUCCCCGAUACCCAAAACAGGCAGAGACUUCCUGACGUGCCGUGAACGUACAACGCAGUAGCAUUGGCAAAGUGAUUUGUGAGGGAAAUCGCUCACUCAGCAAACAUUUCCAUUUCCCUGCUUCUGUUUAUUUAAAUGGCAAAAGGUGCAAAAUCCUGAGAAAGGCUUGCACAGAAUAUCAGGGCCCGGUUUCCCAAAAGCCUCUUCAAGGCUAAGUUCAUUGUUAGAACCUUCGUAAGAGCAUCGUUAAAUCUCUGAGCUGUUUCCCAAAUCCAUCGUUAUUAAUGAUGCACUUGAAAACGCUCGUAAAAUAACGCCUGCCUCAGACCACAGCUAAGUGCGUCGUUCGAUGCUUUUUUUCCCUCCCGCGUCACUUUAUGCACAGAAGUUCCCCGCUAAACAUAGAAUCACAUGGUUUAUCUGUCUCUAUAUGACUGCCGAUAACUUCAGAACACAGUUGACUACAAAUACAAAGUUGCCAAUGUCUUUGCAAUAGAUACAAACAUGAAAUGAAAACCGAGAUGACUGCAUUAAAAUAUAAACAGUAGGCUAUAGGCCUAUUUCAAUCACAUUUCAUGUUCUAUCAAUUGAGUUCUAUGUUGCUACUUGUAGGUUACUGUCUGUAAUUUCUCUCAAUAUAUUUCAUGAUGUAGUGCAUUUAAUUGCAUAAGCAUUAUACUAUAAUAAGCAACCUCAAUAUUUGCAGCCAUAGGUGAUCAUCAAGGAUCUCAGCCACCCCGCUACCAUCUAGAAGGCGGAGACAGUACAGGUGCAUCGAAGCUGGGACCGAGAGACUGAGGUUGUGUCUAAACUUCACACUUACAUGCAACUUCUACAUUUACAUUUUAGUCAUUUAGCAGACGCUCUUAUCCAGAGCAACUUACAGUUAGUGAAUACAUAUUUUUUUUUUUUAUACUGGCCCCCCGUGGGAAUCGAACCCACAACCCUGGCGUUGCAAACGCCAUGCUCUAUCAACUGAGCUACAUCCCUGCCGGCCAUUCCCUCCCCUACCCUGGACAAAUUGUGCGCCGCCCAUGAGUCUCCCGGUCGCGGCCGGCGGUGACAGAGCCUGGAUUCGAACCAGGAUCUCUAGUGGCACAGUUAGCACUGCAAUGCAGUGCCUUAGACCACUGCGCCACUCAGGAGAAUAUGAAGAUCGCACUGAAAACACGGGUCUAGACGCACAAAAGUCGCUUUGGGGUCUGAUUGUGUUCAGAUCUGGCUGACCACUUCAGGAGGUGGUCAGGGAUGAAUUGUGUGCAGAUGUAUCCUGUCAGGCUACCGAAAGCGCAUACAGUGGUCGAUGUAAGCAGCACUCCUCCCACAAGUCUCCAGAAAACUUGUGCUUUGGGACAGAGAAGCACCUUUUCAUUAUAACGUUCAUUAUAUACGUUCCUAGUGUGUGAGGAAAUUGUUUGCUGGACUCAUAAAUGCUAGCCAGCUAGCUAAUAUUUAGAAAAAUAAUGUAUUUAUGCUAACCCGUUUGCAAUCCCUUUAGCGUUGUUUGCUAGUGUGCUGGCUAGCUACAAAGGUUAGCUGGCUAGUUAGCUACAGUAGUUAGCUACUGCCAUCAGUUGUUGUCACCUUUUGCAGAAUGCAUACUGGCAUUUGAAUAUAGUGCAUGAAAAGGGAAUCCGGACAUACUGUGGACACGAUAGACACAUUUAAAUGUAGGUGUAGAUGCAUGACGCGUUCGGAAUUCCAUGAUCAGAACUCUAUGAUCUGAAUAUUAAAGCUGCAUGAACUGUCAAGUCCAGACACGGCCUGAAAAACAGCUUCUAUCUCCAGGCCAUCAGACUGUUAAAUAGUCACCACUAGCCGGCCUCCGCCCAGUACCCUGCCCUGAACUUUAGUCACUGUUACUAGCCGGCUACCACCCGGUACUCAACCCAUGCACCUUAGAGACUGCUGCCAUGGUGCAUUCGGAAAGUAUUCAGACCCCUUCCUCUUUUCCACAUUUUGUUACAUUACAGCCUUAUUCAAAAAUUGAUUCAAUAAAAUUUUUCCCUCAUCAAUCUACGCACAAUACCGCAUAAUGACAAAGUGAAAACAGGUUUUUAGACAUUUUUGCAAAUUUAUUAAAAAUAAAAAACAGAAAUACCUUAUUUACAUAAGUAUUCAGACCCUUUGCUAUGAGACUCGAAAUUGAGCUCAGGUGCAUCCUGUUUCCAUUGAUCAUUCUUGAGAUGUUUCUACAACUUGAUUGGAGUCCACCUGUGGUAAAUUCAAUUGAUUGGACAUGAUUUGGAGAGGCACACACCUGUCUAUAUAUGGUCCCACAGUUGACAGUGCAUGUCAGAGCAAAAACCAAGCCAUGAGGUUGAAGGAAUUGUCCGUAGAGCUCCGAGACAGGAUUGUGUCGAGGCACAGAUCUGGGGAAGGGUACCAAAAAAUGUCUGCAGCAUUGAAGUUCCCCAAAAACACAGUGGCCUCCAUCAUACUUAAAUGGAAGAAGUUUGGAACCACCAAGACUCUUUCUAGAGCUGGCCACCAGGCCAAACUGAGCAAUCGGGGGAGAAGGGCCUUGGUCAGGGAGGUGACCAAGAACCCGGUGGUCACUCUGACAGAGCUCCAGAGUUCCUCUUUGGAGAUGGGAGAACCUUCCAGAAGGACAACCAUCUCUGCAGCACUCCACCAAUCAGGCCUUUAUGGUAGAGUGGCCAGACAGAAGCCACUCCUCAGUAAAAGGCACAUGACAGCCCGCUUGGAGUUUGACAAAAGGCACCUAAAGGACUCUCAGACCAUGAGAAACAAGAUUCUCUGGUCUGAUGAAACCAAGAUUGAACUCUUUGGCCUGAAAGCAAAGCGUCACGUCUGGAGGAAACCAGGCACCGCUCAUCACCUGGCCAAUACCAUCCCUACAAUGAAGCAUGGUGGUGGCAGCAUCAUGCUAUGGGGAUGUUUUUCAGUGACAGGGACUGGGAGACUAGUCAGGAUCGAGGGAAAGAUGAACGGAGCAAAGUACAGAGAGAUCCUUGAUGAAAACCUGCUCCAGAGCGCACAGGACCUCAGACUGGGGCGAAGGUUCACCUUCCAACAGGACAACGACCCUAAGUACACAGCCAAGACAACACAGGAGUGGCUUUGGGACAAGUCUCUGAAUGUCCUGGAGUGGCCCAGCCAGAGCCCGGACUUGAACCCAAUCGAAGAUCUCUGGAGAAACCUGAAAAUAGCUGUGCAGCAACGCUCCCCAUCCAACCUGACAGAGCUUGAGAGGAUCUGCAGAGUAGAAUGGGAGAAACUUCCCAAAUAUAGAUGUGCCAAGUUUGUAGCGUCAUACCCAAGAAGACUUGAGGAUGUAAUCGCUGACAAAGGUGCUUCAACAAAGUACUGAGUAAAUGGUCUGAAUACUUAUGUAGAAGUGAUUUUCCCGUUUUUUGUAUUGUAUACUUUUGCAAAAAAUUCAAAUAAUCAGUUUUUGCUUUGUCAUUAUGGGGUAUUGUGUGUAGAUUGAUGAGGGGGAAAAAUGAUUUAGUAAAUUUUUUUAUAAGGCUGUAACUUAACAAAAUGUGGAAAAAGUGAAGCGGUCUGAAUAUUCUCAGAAUGCACAGUAUAUAUUUAUAUUCCGGACUCUGUUGCUCGUCCUGAUAUUAAUUUUUUCCUUUCUUUUUAUUUUGUAUGUAUUGUUGUGUAUUGUUUUGUAUUACUGCACUGUUGGAGCUAGGAACACAAGCAUUUCGCUGCACCUGUGAUAACAUCUGUAAAAUAUGUACGCAACCAAUAAAAUGUUAUUUGAUUUGAGAAGUUUGGAACAUCUCAGUUCAACCACAUCAAUAUUGUAGCGAUCUUAUCUCAACAUCUAACGACCUCGUCAAGAGGUUAAGGUGUUGGCUUGACAGUCGCUGGACCCGGGUUUGAGUCCUGGUCAGGGAUACCCCCCGAAUUCUCUGUAAUAUGAUAAAAUGAUCUUGUCAUCUGUUCUGGCCUGCGCAGCAUUUGUAUCGAGGACGCACCCAAAGCCAUAGAACUUAUAAAACCUAUAGCCUAGCCACUACCACUCCCAGUGAUUUUUUUCAGAUGGCCAGAAGUUGCCACUGCAGCACCCCCAAAAUCCCUUGAGGCUCUCUCUGAGCAGGUCCCAGGACCUAAAGGGUCAAAGGUCAAGGUAGAACAAUAGGCUUCCCACGCUGGGUCAGUUGUGGUCAAGGAAACAAAGAGAAAGAAAAGGCAGAUUGGACAAACUAUCCCAGAGAGAGAGAGAGAGAGAGAGAGAGAGAGAGAGACAGAGAGAGAGAGAGAGAGACAGAGAGAGAGAGAGAGAGAGAGAGAGAGAGAGAGAGAGGAGACAAGAACAACAACACAAUUAGACCCAACCAAAUCAUGAGAAAACAAAAAGAGAAUUACUUGACACAUUGGAAAGAAUUAACGAAAAAAUUGAGCAAACUAGAAUGCUAUUGGUCUCUAAACAGAGAGUACACAGUGGCAGAAUACCUGACCACUGUGAAUGACCCAAACUUAAGGAAAGCUUUGACUAUGUACAGACUCAGUGAGCAUAGCCUUGCUAUUGAGAAAGGCCGUCGUAGGCAGACCUGGCUCUCAAGAGAUGACAGGCUAUGUGCACACUGCCCACAAAAUGAGGUGGAAACUAAGCUGCACUUCCUAACCUCCUGCCAAAUGUAUGACCAUAUUAGAGAGACAUAUUUCCCUCAGAUUACAGAGAUCCACAAAGAAUUCAAAAACAAACCCAAUUUUGAUCAACUCCCUUAUUUACUGGGUGAAAAACCACAGUGUGCCAUCACAGCAGCAAGAUUUGUGACCUGUUGCCACAAGAAAAGGGCAAAACAGUGAAGAACAAACACCAUUGUAAAUACAACCCAUAUUUAUGCUUAUUUAUUUUCCCAUUUGUACAUUAACUAUUUUCAUAUUGUUACAACACUGUAUAUAUACAUAAUAUGACAUUUGAAAUGUCUUUAUUCUUUUGGAACUUGUGAGUGUAAUGUUUACUGUUAAUAUUUAUUGUUUAUUUCACUUUUGUUUACUAUCGACUUCACUAGCUUUGGCAAUGUUGACAUACAUUUCCCAUGCCAAUAAAGCCCUUAAAUUGAAAUUGAAAUUGAAUUGAGAGAGAGAGAGAGAGAGAGAGAGAGAGAGAGAGAGAGAGAGAGAGAGAGAGAGAGAGAGAGAGAGAGAGAGAGAGAGAGAGAGAGAUCGUAGCUUCUUCAAUCAAAGCUGAAGCCAUUUUGGUUUGGUGAGGUUAACAAACCAGAGUACAUAGAAACGUCCAAAUUACUGAAUCACACAUAUCACUAAAGUAACUGAUUCAACUGUUCCAAGUCUCUAAGGCCAAAAACUAAUUUUCCCCCCUCCCCCUCUCGCUCCCUCUCGCUCUCUCUUUUUAUUCAUCCCCAUUGAUCAUGCAUGCAGAAAUUUAGCAGGCCCAUGGCUCCAGUCAGUCAGAAUAGGAAGGGCACUAGCUAGGCUCUGUCCUACAUACUGUUCUCUCGACAUGGUCCACCACUCCCCCCGCCAGCCCCCCUCCCCCCACUCCCCUGCCCGCCACUCAGUCCCUCUCGCAACCAUUUGACACACAUACGCCCCACAGCACAUCUCGUGAGGCUGCACACAAACAUCCACCACUCAUUGUUGUGUGUGUGUAUUCAGUGCAGUUUGACACAUUGAGGGUAUUGUAAACACACAAGUUUGUGUGUGGAAAAGGAGAGAGUCUGGACUAGAGUGUUUAGUUGUUGGAGCCCCCCCUCUUUCUCUCUGUCCUUUUUCUCUCUCUUGCUCUCUCUCUCUCUCUCUCUCUCUCUUGCCCAUUUAGUGUUUUCACGCAUUAGAUGUUGCCUAUUUCAAAGGCAAAAGGUAGCUUGCCAUGACUUGUCUCUGUAAUGCACAUAUUGUAGGCUACAGCUCAAUGUCCACUUUCAAAUCCAUUUCACAGUGACUAGCUGGACAUACUGUGGCACAACUUAUUUCAUGUUUUUAGCUACCCCGCCUCCCUUACGUUCUACAAUUUAUAUAGAUGCCAUCUGUAAACUGCACCUGAGUAUUACUGCUCAGUAACUAGCAGUAAACAAACUGCAGUUUUGACCUGUAAACUUUUACAGUUCAGGGUAGUACAUGCUUAUUGUGCACCUCACUGUACUAUAGAAGCAGUUCAACCAAUGCGUUUUAAGCCCUCAGGUGACCAUCUUGGCCCAGCCAAGAGGGUAGCCUACUUAGGGGAAAAGCUGGUAAUCUGCCACUUAGUUGGUUAAGGCAGUCACAUGGGCAUGCAGUGUGGGGCAUGGACAGGACUAGGGCUGGGGGAUAUAAGGACUAAGCAUGCACCUGCACAGUGCACUACUUUCUACAAGAGCCCUACGUGCCCUGGUAAAAAAUAGUACACUAUAUAGGGAAUGGGGUACUUUUUGGGAUGUAUCCAGGGAGACUUAAAAGACCAGCCAUUUGCAGAGAGAGAGAGGGGGGGGGGGGGGGAGCGAGACGGAGGGAGGGAGAGAGAGAGGUAGAGAGAGAGAGAGAGAGAAAUUAACUAUUUGCACAUCUAUACAACACUGUAUAUAGACAUAAUAUGACACUUGAAAUGUCUUUAUUAUUUUGGAACUUUUGUGAGUGUAAUGUUUACUGUUAAUUUUUUAUUGUUUAUUUCACUUUUGUUUAUUCUCUAGUUCACUUGCUUUGGCAAUGUAAACAUAUGUUUCCCAUGCCAAUAAACCCCUUAAAUUGAAUUGAAUUGAGAGGGAGAGAGAGAGAGCCACAGCAACCUGCUGCUUGGGCGACUGAGAGCAGGCAUGUACAGUUCAAACAGUUCAAAAUGAGCAGAGGCAGAGUACUGUGUAGCUUACAUACCAGGCCUCUGGCACCCCGCAAGCACAGAGGUUCCUAAAGUGAAUGCCUACUAUAGGCUUUAGCUCAGCAGGGUAACACAGUCUUGUGGUGUGCAAGAGUCCCGGGUUGAAGGGUUCGAACCCAGUCGGUACCAUUGGUGCCAUGACCUAGAUGGGUCUCUGCAAGGAGGAGGAGGAGGUCUAAGGGGAGUGUACUGAGCUGAGCCAAUCCAAGAUGUACUGCGCUGGCCUGGUUAGACAUCCAUAACUCAAUUGUAGCUCAAUUGGUAGAGCAUGGCGCUUGUAACGCCAGGGUAGUGGGUUCGAUCCCCGGGGACCACCCAUACGUAAAAAUGUAUGCGCACAUGACUGUAAGUCGCUUUGGAUAAAAGCGUCUGCUAAAUGGCAUAUUAUUAUUAUAAAUUGCUGUGCCAGCAGUGUACACGCGAUAGUGUAAAAAGGAUGUGUCUGUGUCUGUAAGGUGUUGUCAUGAAUCCCUAGGGAUUUCCCCAUAUCAAAUCCAUAGAAUUGUCAUGAUGCCACUCCAUCCUCUCUCCCAUGCAUCAGAAUAUGCCUUCCAUGUUGCACUGUGGCCGAUUCAUCCUACUCUCCGAAUUAGGCCUUGAAUGUACUUUAUAAUUACUUAACAGCUGGAGACCUUAUUUUACUAGGCCUAUGCUGUCUACUAAUAAUUUAUUCACAUAGAAUAGACUUCCACAAAACGUCCACUAUGCACAUCAUUGUCCUACAGCGGAGAAACGCUACAAGACAGCGCCACUCUUCCUACAAGGCUGCUUAGUGAGGGGCGGUAGUACGGGAAAAGCGACGGAGAGGCGGGGCCUGCUUUUUUGUGUGCGUGUAUGUGUAUGUGUGUGUGUCAGCGUGCGUGCAUGCAUGUGUGCGUGCGUGCGCGCGCCGCGCUCACUCGCUCGCUCGCCCCUCCUCCAGACAAACCACCCCCCUCAUCCACCCGCGACUGAGUCUGCAACUCUCACUGCCUUUCCUCAACUCACAGUCGGGAACAGAUGAACGGAAUGGAUACAGAAGGGAGCCAAAGCAGCCUGUCCUCCGUGGACAACUCCCCCCACGAUCCCUGGUAAAGGUCCCACACCGUCUCACCUGCGUCUUGGCCUUGCUUGCUUCCAUAUGUGAGAUAACCGUGGAGUUUGGUUUGUGUGGAGCCCACCGGAGCGCGGAGACAAAAGACAAGCAUGCUUGUUCUGAUGUGCUCUAGCGCUCUACCUCUCCAAUAUGGUCCGCUCAACCGUGUAUUACUGCCGCUCAACCGCGCAGGAUCUAUCUCUUGUUUAUUUCUCCUAUUUUCUUUGAGUGAGGAGAUGGCUACGAUUCUAACAACUUUUCAUUUCCAUUUGGAGAGAACUGGCUGGUUACAGUAUCUUCUCGUAGGGAUUAUAACGGCCCGAUUUGACCACUCGUGCCUUCACAACAUGGCCGAUUUUCUCUUUACUUUAUUUAUGUUAUUUUGUAGGCCUAUAUAUAUAUCAAUUUGGUUUUAAUCUCUGAAGACUCUUUUACGGGAAUAUGUUGUUCUACACCACUUACUCUCGCCUCUAUCUCUCCCAUUCAGCAAAAUGUUCAUCGGGGGUCUCAGUUGGCAGACAACACAAGGUGAGCUGUCCCGCGAGCGACUUUUCAAAGUCCCUGGAUGCAAAUAAAAUGCCUAGAUAGAUGUAUAGUGUAAUUAUUACUCGUUUAUAUACUAUGUAUACAGUCAAUAUUACCAUUGUUUAGUAUGUGAAGCUCCCGGAAGUUUGUUAAAAAAGACAGUUGAUAGUUUAGGCUAUAUGCUGCCGAAAUCAAAGCUUUCAUUCAACGAGGAUCAGUAGGCCUAGGCUACGCAUGAUUUAGACUGUAGGCUGAAACAGAGAGGCGAGACAAUAUGCGAUUAACGUUCUAAAUGAGUAUAAAAUCAUUUAGCUUUAUUUUGAAAUUAUUGUAUAUUAUUUGUGGGGUCUGUUACCCUAUGCAACAACUUUUUUUAUUUUGAUAUUUGAUUGAAGCAGGCGACUUGCCUCUGUCUCGUCGUUGAGAACUUCGUUGCUUCUGCAUUUCUCGGGGUGUUUUGUGUGUGUGAUAUCGCAUUGUUGCGCUUGUUACAGCGUUAUUGACGCCAUUCAUUCAAUAGAAUACAGUUUGUCUAAAACUCAGUGUUUGUAAACUGUGUUGCCUAUAGGUUGAUGUAAAAGUAUAGCCUAUAUUCAUCUUAUUUUUAUACCCUAAGUUAUCACUAAAGUAAACUUAACAUUGUCGUAUCAUCAUAUUAUAGCCAUGGACGAUCAACCUAGGCAGAGUUGAAUCUACCCUUAUCCUAUUUUCAAUGAAUGACGUCGCGACAGACAAACAACAACGUGGUCUUGCUCAUUUGCGUUGUCUGUUGUCAUUUAUCUAAAUUAAUUAUUAUAGCCUACAUUAAAAGGACAUUUCGUCUUUGGAAAACUGUUUAACCAUAUUUUCACUUUUUUAUAGAGGGAUUGAAUGAAUACUUCUGUAAAUUCGGCGAGGUGAAGGAGUGUAUGGUGAUGCGAGAUCCAGUUACGAAGAGAUCGAGGUAAGGAGGCGUGCGCACCUCACCAUCCUAUCCUAGGCGCGCGCUCAUGGGUUUAUUUUCUUUUAAAAUAACAUGAUUUUGCGGCCAGUGGUUGUGUUUUGUUGUGUCAAACUGUUAUUAUAAUUCAAUGCAUUGCGUUUUUCUUUCCAGGGGAUUCGGGUUUGUAACAUACAUAGACCAGGCUGGUGUGGAUAAAGUUUUGGCGCAAAACAGACAUGAGCUGGAUUCUAAAACAGUAAGUUUACGCUUGCAACUAAAUGCACAAGCAACAUUAUUGUAUAUGGGGAAAUUGUUCACAUGCAAUAUAUAAUAGGCUUAAAUAAUUUUGUUGUGGCAUACAUCUAUAGCAUUGUCUAUAUUUGAUAUGGAUGCAGUUGUUCUUGGUAAGUAUUUUUUCUUCUGUCAUGUUAUGGCAUAAUGUUAUACACCAUGUGAUGUAUGAAAGGGUAGGCCCUGGUAGGAACAUUUAGGAGAGUCUAUGGGCGCCUCCCUCUCCUCCCCUCCCACCAAAUCCUGGUUUACGGUGCGUGACAUGAAAGCGUUCUUUCUUGCUGUUCAUCGCCAUGAUUACCUGGGGACCGAGACGGGGAGGAAGAGGCCUGAGCUCUCUCUCUCACCCCAAAAAGAAAGAAGUUAGGGCUGUGAAACGUGUUAAAGAAGUUGAGUUGUGCAUUUUAAAAACCAUUAAAUUAAGUUUUAAGGGGGUCAUCAAAAGUAAAGAACUGUUUAGAUUAAGUUAAUUCAACAAAAACAUUUAACCUGAACAUUGUUGUCAACUAGUCCUUGAGUUCAGUCCCAGCCUGGAAUAACUUAAUAUAAUUAUUUAAAAAAGAAAAACUCCUUAGAAUUGGAAUGUUGACUUGAAUGGGAAUGUCAUUCUAAUUCAAUGCAUAACACUGUAGUCUCUGAAGCACACUGGUGAUGCCACAUAGAGUAACAUAAUCGUUGAUGAAGCUUACAGCAUACAGCUUUGUCAGCCAUGGAUGUGUGGGUGUGUCUCCAUCCCCCAACCCCCUCAAUACACACUCUCAUAUGUGCGCACACGCUACUGUUAUACACACACACACUGUCUAGCCCUAAAGGGACAACAUUUGACAGUGAAAGGUGAGAGCGAGUGGGGGAGGAUGUAACAUGGAAGGCUAGUUUGGUUACUCGAAGCAGGUCUGUUGCCGUGGGUGAAAUCAGUCAUAGGGGAUAUUAUGGUGACUCCACAGCCUUGUGGGACUUAUGUCUCCAUAACAACUCUCUCCUAGCAUUUGAAGAUGAAUGCAGCAUGUACUGCCACCAACAUUGCAAAGUCAACCCAUGGACAAUAGCCACAAUGGCGAUAACUUUAAAAACGGCAGUGGUUGUAGUACAUUGUUUUACAGGUCCUUGAUUUUAUAUAGCAUUGGACAUUAGUUUUUCAGUUACAAUUAAUCUCUUAAACCCCUAGUAGGAUGUUUAAGAAAGGAGCAAAUGCACUGAUGUUAUAGCUACAAUCUGGAUUCUAGAGUAAUUACAGUAAAAUUAUUUUUUCAGUGAACACAUUGUCAUAACAUAGAAAUAUGUUUGUGAAGACAUUGAGGUUGAUUCAUACAACUAAAUCACUACUCCAAAUGUAUCACCUGUUCAAUACAGAUACACAUACUAUUAAGUUAAAUAUCCUAUAAAUAGAUCGCACCAUUUAUAUUUUCUUGUAUACUUGACCAAGGUGGCAAUGUGUUUUUGUGUAACCCCGUUGGUAUUUUACACUUCAGAACUGGUUUGAAAUCAGUAGCAUGGCAAUGUAUUUGUGGAUCCUAGUUACAGUAGAUCUUGUAUUGUCAGAAGUGUUUGUGUGUGUGUUUCUGAGUCUGAUUCUUGAAUAUCUUAUGAGGUAGGUGAGCUUUGAAGACCUGGUCUCCACUAUGUCGAUGUGUGUGUACGCGUGCAUGUGUAAAGGUGUGAUGGUCAAUAAGUGUGUUAACGUGUCUGAAUGACGCAGCGCAUAAUGUUUGAGAAUGAGUGGGGCGUCUGAUGCUAAUGCUAAUCCGUGGGAGGGAGGAGGCCAAGCCUCUGGAAUCACAGCAUGGGACAUCCUGAAACAAGGUUUUUGUGGCCAUGUUGAGGGUUGAAUUGUCUACUAGACAGGGACAUAGUUUUUGAUAAAUUUCAUUAUUUUUUGAUAGAUAACAAUGUUUUGCUGCAGCUCACAGUGUUGUGUUUGGUGUGCUGAAAUGGUCCGGUGUGCUGCUUUAAAAAAAAAAGUAUUGGAAAAGCAUAGCAUAUAGUAAGUCAAUGGAUAUAUUGUGGCACUGUGUAAUUGGAAGAAAAGGGGACUCCAUUUCAUUGUUACCAAAUCCCUUUCUCUCACUUUUUUCUCUUUAAUAUUUUUCCAUUUCUCAAUGACUCUCACCUGCUCUCUCACAGACUAUUCACGUCUUUCAGUCUGUCCCCUUCUUGUACGGUCUCUUCUCCUUUUUUCAUUAACUUUUACCUCUCCAACAGUCUCCAACAAACCGUUUCUCCCUCUCUCUCCCUUGUCCAUGGCUAUUGUUUGACCAGUAUGAGAUGAGAAGGAGAGUGAAAUUCCUUUCUGGAAUGAAUUUCAUGCUCACCCCAUGGAGGGUGAGAAAGAAACGGAGAGAGAGAGAGAAAGGACAAGGUAAAUGAGAGGGGUUUGGAAGUAGGAAUGGGGCCAAGUGUAAGCACUCUGAAAAGCAGUGACAAAACGCUUGACACAGUAAAAGCAAAGAGCUGGGGACAAACAGAAGAGUGGUGCUUAAUUUUAGCCAACUACACGAUUAUGAAAGUCUAUGUUACUGUUUGUAAUGUGGAUGGAACAUAUAGCACUGUCAAUCUUAUAUAGGGCCAAGAUGUGUGCCGAUAAAACAUAUUUGAUUAAAUCAUGCAGGGAUGCUCUCAGAAGCCAACAUCUAGACAACUUUCAUGUUGUUAUUGACAAUGACAGUAUUGGCCAAUGUAAUAGGUUUUAUGAGUGAGGCAGAUUGGUGAUGUUGUUUGAGCAUGAAGACAGAGUUCUACUUGUUUGGCUGCUUCAGAGGCCUCCGCCACAGGGCAGCAGUGUGAUGUAGUGCAUAGAAAAGUGGACCUGAGUGUUGUUGCUUCGUCUGGACUAGGACAAUCCAGGGUCGUGCUCAUUAGGGCACGCAACGGAAAAUGUUUUAAAAUAUUUUGCAGUGGAAAAUUAGUAUUUCUUAUUGGAAUAGUCCAGGUAGUCCCUCCAUGUUUCAGUCAGUUUUCUUCCAUUUGGUUCCUAAUGAACACGGCCCUGGUUCCAUUUUGACUAUUCAAAACAAAUCUAGUCUAUUACUAAUAGACUUUAUCGCAUCAAAUCAGCGUCACUGGUACAAAGUGAGUUUGGAUUGCAUGGAUUUCCUAUCCACGUAUUCACAUUCCAAGCCUACACAAAUUAUUGUGAAUUAAUAUAAACAAUUGUUCUAGCCCCACAAUACAUAGCCAAUUCUACCAAUCAGUUGAUUGGGUAUGUUAGUGUUGCUGCAUUGAAUAUACAUCAUGAAGAGUGUGAGAAAGAACUUUGGUUACACUUUAUUAUUUUGUUUGAAGGUCUGGUCAUAAACUGCUCAUGAACGUUAUUACAUGUACAUAGUUAACCAUUGCAUUAGAUUAAUACAUAAUGAUGUUGGUUAUGCUUGAGGCAGAUUACUGACCCUUGUAAUAAAGCUUUAUACAUACAUGUAUUUACUUAUUUUUAUACAUACAUGAAUAGGCAGUUUACAGUUUGUGGUCCUCUGUAGCUCAGCUGGUAGAGCACGGCGCUUGUAACGCCAGGGUAGUGGGUUCGAUCCCCGGGACCACCCAUACACAAAAAUGUAUGCACGCAUGACUGUAAGUCGCUUUGGAUAAAAGCGUCUGCUAAAUGGCUUAUUAUUAUUUAUUAUUACUGAUGGUUAGCAAUUAUAGAACAGUUUAGUGAUACCACAGGCCUGGUUAACAGUGAGAGGCCUGGUUAAAGUUAGCUAGCAGCAAUGCUAAACGGCUCACAGAUAAUAUAGUUAUAUUUUUCUUUCACAAGGGGAAAACUCAUUACCAGACUCAGAGCAAGAAUAGAGAUUUAGCACGUCAUCAAAACCCACACUUUGCAACGAUUCAAAUCUGAUGAUUGAAUUUGACUGUGUUUCUGUUCACGGACUGAAUAUUGGUUGAUUGGACUCCGUAUGGGGUGGGAACCAGGUUAGCAUUAGCAGUUAGCACUGUCCCAGGUCAUGGCUCAAUGGAGAUUAGCUCUCUGGUGCUGACAGGGUCAGAGGAGACGAAAGGGGGAUGGAGGAGAAGAUGGAAGGGAAAAGCGAGAGAGGCCGAACCCUGGUCUGUACAAGUGUAGGAUCUUAAUUUGAGCCAGUUUGCUACAGCAGGAAAAUAAGCCUUUUUAAACCUCAAAUAAACUACAAGUUUUACAUUUCCUGCAUUGCAGCAGGAAGGUUCUCCUGCAACAGGGUGAUCAAAUUAAGAAACUACAUCUGUAAUUAGUAUGGAUCUCAGAGGCACCUAAUUGGAUUGAAGGAAACAAACUGGAUUGCGCUUCUGAAGUAUAGCCUCAUCCCCGAGUGUGUACCUGCCCUCCUGAAGGAUGUGAUUAGUCGCACACACAUGAACGUACGCACACAUUGGUUGUCCUAGCCAGGUCUUGGGGUAGGGUAGGGGGCCUCAUUAGUGGACUUCAUUAACUAAUUACUCUGCAGUUGUUCAGCUGUGCAGAUUGACCCUGAUGGCCCAGACCCAAAUCAAAUCGCCGUCCACAAAGUGACAUGCUAGCCUAGCUACCUUCCAAACUUCUUAGUAUGGUUGUUUCUAAACAGAUGUAUUUUAUAAAGUGUUGAAUUAGGAUAGGAUAGCACACUUUCGUUAACUAUUUGUGUGGCUGUGUGUUUUCCUUGCAAAACAAUUUUUUAUUGAGAGAAUGUGUUAGUAGAAGCAGUGCUUUGGUGGAGCCUGUUGUGCGUGUGUGUGUUUUAUGUGUUUAACCGCACGAUCAGGGUGUGUGAGUGGGGGGUGGUUGGCGGAGACCCUGUUCCUCUGCGGGUCCAUCUGUUUUGUCCCCUUUUGUCCUGUUAAUUAAUGAAAUCAGAGGGGCUGCCCGCUGGGCCAGGACUCCCUGCUCACAAAUGGGCGGGCCCACUUUCUCAUGUGGAGUUUUUGUUUUAAAAUGAAUAGCCACUCUCUCUCUCCUCUCUCACUCUGUCUUUCCCUGUCUCCCUCGAUCUAGGCCUAGCUCCCUCUCUCUUUCAUUCUUUUUCGCCCUCUCCUUCACUUACUCAAACUCCUCUCUUUGGUUUAGUUAUGUCUUUACUAUUUCUUUAUUUCGUUCUUUUCUUCCUUUCUUGCUCAUUCAAUCUCUUCCCCCUUCCCUAUCCUUAAAAUCCCCACAUACACACGAUGAAAAUACAUUUAAAAAAAACGAAAGAAACCAAAAAUGUAGCCUAACAGAAGUGCUCUGAGAGUAUAAUGUGAAUGUUGUAAGAUUAAAACAUUUUAGGCUCUGCUUUCCGACAUGUGUUGGCAACCAUGUGCUAAUGAUGAUUUGUAAUGCCUUCACUUUGCUUGUUUGUUUCAGUUUUAAACAUGUCUGGAUGGGUUUGGCAGUUUGAGGUGAAUAUCGGAUGUAGUCUAGUCUUGUCUUAACAUAAACAACUAAACCAAUAGGCUCUGGCUUGAUGGGAUCCUUCUCUGCUCUCUAAAACCCAUCAGGGUUGUAUGUCACAAAGCAGGAUGAACAAGUCAGCCGGCUAACAUUUAUAAACACUCCAUUAUAGCGUUAUUAAUAUCAGUUAUUAUAAAGAAAGAAAGUUGAAUAUGGGUUAUUAAAAGUCAGUUAUACCAUUGCCAUUUUGAGUCAUUCUUCGCGAUCAAGGACAUGCAGAGUUGUUUCUGAAUAUUUAUGAACGUUAGCUGGCUCUUUGCUCCUGGUUUGUGGAAUACACCCAUUUGGGCUGAACUAAAAGAGUAGCAUGCUGAGUCUUCUAUAGAGGCCAUAGUGUGGGCCUACAUUCACUGUAAUAUCUAUACCUGUGCUCUUCUUUAUUUGAGUACUGUCUGUUCUAGGUGCUGUAGAUAUGUACCCCGUCAUUACUUUAUAAUGUGAUGAUACUAAACAGCAUGGCAUGAUGUAGCUUAUAGCACUCUACUGUAGUAGUCAAACUUUGUCCAAAAUAGACUUAGUUAGGGGUGUUGGUCCUUUGCUUUUUGUUGCGAUUUUCUAUCUUUGUGACAAACAUGCUUUGUUUUACUGAUUUCUGAGCACUACAUGAGCAUGCUUGAUAGGAAUAUUUUGAAAAUAAAAUGCAACUAAACUAUUGGGAUGAUCAGGCUCUUGUUUGACUCAAGAAGUGUCAUUAUAGACAUAUGUAUUGAGUGACAAGGAUGAGAUGAUCAGUUGAAUUCAUGGUUUCGUCCCAGCAUUUGGAGUAAACAAGAAACAGAAUUAUAAAAGGUGGCGGGUGCUCAACAAUCGAGCUGUUGUACCACGCCUGCCAACGGUAGCCAUGCUCUGUAGUCUCCUUCCUUCGUCAACUCUGAAGCCAGCUGUGGACGACAGUCCUCCCCUCCUCUCCGUCCUACACCGUGGGGUGAGGGGGAGUCUCCUCCGUCUCACUCAAACAGCAGCCAUUGCUGCUCCUCAGCUAGUCACCAUAAUAUAUAAUAAAUAAUAUGUCAUUUAGCAGACGCUUUUAUCCAAAGCGACUUACAGUACAGUGAGUACAUAGAUUUUAGUAUACAGUAUGUAACCCCAGCAAGAAUCGCACCCACAACCCUGGCGUUGCUUGAGCCAUGCUCAUACCAACUGAGCCUCCAAGACCGCGGACCCUGAUUUGACUAGAAAGACACGUGAGAAACCUGAGCCUUUAUGCAAAUCCUCCACGGCUUACAAUGCCGUGCACAGAAGCUGUUUUCUCCGGUCAGAAUUUCAGCGCCUGUGAAUAUCAGUGUCGACAUGAGUCUAUUAAUUGAUAUCCUGUAUGAAUUUAAAGUUUUGUUGUGUUGCAAUUAUACAGUGGUAUGCUAGCCUGGUCCCAGAUCUGUUUGUGCUGUCUUUCCAACUCAUAUAGCCUGACCAUAGGAGUUGGCAAGACAGAACAAACAGAUCUGGGACCAGGCUAGUGGUAUGUAGUUUGCCACUGCAUUGGAGAAAGUAAAUGACUCCAGUGUAUCACAGGUUUGGGGGCUGUCAUAGAAAUGGAAUGUAAUACCUCUCAAAUACUGUAAAAGUUUGUGGUCCGUUGUCUUGAACUGUGAGUCACCAUUACUAGUGAGUGGUAGUAUUGUCUCCAAGUGUUUUUGUCCACCAGUUUUUAACUCACUCUCUCUCUCUGUCUCCCCCCCCCCCCCCCCCCCUCCAGAUUGAUCCCAAGGUGGCAUUUCCUCGUCGAGCCCAACCCAAGGUGAGUUCUCAUCCUUAAUCCUGGAGGCCAAGGUGACGUCACAGCCGUCAUGUCCCAUCAGGGGAGGCCCGCCUGCCGCACCAGAUUUAGGGCAACAGGGGCAGGAAUCCCCCUCACCCCACCCUCAGCCGACUUCUAUACAACCCAAAUACAUAAGAAAUGGGGUGCUCUGCCAGCCUAAAGACACAGGCACAACACAUACACACACAGUCUUAAUAAUAAGUCUUCCUGCAGAGUCACAUUUUGUUUUUGCAUUCAAAUAAAUUGUCUUAUUACUGUACUAUGCGGUUCCGAGUGGCUGGCAACCCCCUCCCUAGAUAUUUGUACUGCUUAACACUACUCUCUUAAAUCCUGUGAAUACCCUUAGAUCUUUAUUACCUGAAACAUCUAGCCUUUUCAAUGUAUUGUGUGUUAAUGAUAGUGUGUCCUCCUCCUCUGUGUUGUUAGUUGGUGACCAGGACAAAGAAGAUCUUUGUGGGUGGCCUCUCAGUGAACACAACCAUCGAAGACGUCAAGCAGUACUUUGACCAGUUUGGAAAGGUAAAUGAUGCACUGUGUUAAGACACGUUUGUUGACAUGCUGUUGCUGCGAAUUACAUUACAUGUACUCUAUAUCUCGAAUCAGGAGUUGUUCUCCAUUUUGCCAAGAUCAACUUCAGACAAAGCUUCUCUAAGUGCCCUCUCUUUUUUCAUUCAAUGUCCCCUUUCACUAUAUCUCUGGUUUUCUCAGCCUAUUUGUCUUCCUGUUUCUCUCUCUUUUGUCUUUCUUUUUCUCUCAUUCCACAUGUGGGUUAGAGACACGGUAAGCGUGGCUAAUUUCAGAAAAGAGUUGAAAGGGAUGAAGGAGAAGAGGGAGAGGGAGGGAACACAAGAGCAUUAGUUCUAAUCGAUAUUAGCAUUUCUGUCUUCCAUUUUGCUCCCAUUGCUGUUGUUUGAGUUGCUUCGUCUGUUCCAUUUUUCUUCAAGCCAGUUAAGCCUAUUUGAAUGAAAUGCAGUGAAAGACAAACGCAUGCUGGGAUGACAGAGGAAUGUCUUAAAAGAGAGAAAGAGGGAAGGGGUAGAAAGUGGGGUGAAAAGAGUGAAGAGGCACCUCAUGGAGACAGAGAGGUGUACUCGGAAGGGAAGUGUUUUCAAACUGCAGGAGAGAAGAGGAAUGCAUGAGAAUGAGAAGAACCAACUCGUAGAACUGCGAAGGGGGGAAAUGUGAUGGCUGAAGAAAAGGUGAUGUAACGGAAUGAAGAUCUGAACCCCAUAAAAAGUUUACAAACUGUCUGGAAUCAAUGGGAAGAGGAAGAUAGGAGGGUGAGAACGAGUGAAGAAGUUUGACCUAGAGAGAGGUGUAGUUAGGGAGGGAGGACAGUGGCGAAGUGGAGGAGGAGGAGGAGGGGGGGUCUCUAAUUCUGAACUAAUCUAAUGCAACAGCUGCUCUUGCAACAAGACCCCCCCCCCAACCCGCACACACACAACCAACCUCAGUUCGUUGACCCCCCCAUCCCAAAACACACUCUUUCCCUCUCAGCCUGUUGCCUUGGUGACCUGCUUUUAGCCAUUGUCCCUUGGUAAUUUAGCAAUCUAUGUAAAAUAAAAAGGCUUAUACACAUAAACACACACGCACAUACUGGUCGGGCAUCACACAUGUCUAACAUUCACCGACUUAAAACAGUGUGUCCUGACUGUCUUGAGCAGCAGUGGACAGAGAACGUUCUAGAAAGACAGAAUCACCAUCCCCUUAAAGGGGCUUGAUGAUGUCCCUUUGAGGGGCGGAGAGAGGAAGAAACUAUUGGGUGUAAGAGAAGGAGAGAAAAGGGGUAGAGGAAGAGAGGAAAGGGGUAGAGGAGGAGAGGAAAUAGUUCUGAUGGAGGCUUGGAUCUUGUGAAGUAUCAACCCCCACAUAGGAGAUGCUUGGGCCAAAUGAUAUCAUUGCAGAUUCCCACAUUGCGCUUCCAGCAUUUGAUUUGCACAGCAGCGUGUCUUGGAGAGAGCUUGUCACUUGAUUUAGAAAUGGGCAGUCUCGUGAAAUAAUCCAGCACACACACAUAACUGACCAUUUCUUACCAUUUUGUUCUGUGCACUUCAAAAUCAGAUGAGCAUUUUGUGAGCAUUUGGGCUUAAAUGGGCAUCAAUGUCAUUCUAGUGCAAAAUGAAAGCCCUUUCUUCUUUGAUGUGAUUGACCAACCGGAUGUAACCGUACACGGGUUCCUCAAACGAGCUGAUACCACCGCUCACUGGCGGCCAUGUUUGUCUGGGAAGCAGGUCGGAAUCUCACAGAGACAAGUCUCGUUUUACGCCCCCGCCGUGCCCGGCCUGAGGUCCGCUGUGCUCCCCAGCACUCUAUCCCGGCGUUCCCACUAUCCUUUUUCCAGCCCUGCCCUCCAAAACAGUACUGGGAAACCAUCGGAUAACACUCUGCCUUAAAGUACAGUGUAAAAACACAGCAGUGGUUCUUCACUUCGAAGAGUCAACAAACUAUAUGGACGAAAGAGGGAUGGGAGUAAAAUGGACGAAAGAGGGAUGGGGAGGGAGGGGUGGAUAGGACAGAAAGGAAAAAGUUGGGCUCCAGUCAGCCAUGUGAGUUGGUGAUUAGAGGGCUUCACUGGACACUUUGUUUGCCGGCCUGUUUGGAGAGAUGGGUGGAGAGAGGGAUGAGAGAGAGAGAGGUAAAGAGAGCAAAGGAAGAGUAAAACAGAGGUGAGAGAGGAAGACGGUUGAGGUGAUUUAGACACUGACUGUGUUUGGGUGUUUGAACUGAGGGAUUGAAGCCCACAUGUUCAUUGCAAAUAGGUAACGGUUUGUACUGUCUCAUAGCCUACCUAGCAGCAAAACAGUCUUCUUCAGUGGAUGUUUACAAAGGGCUGCAAAAUAUUCUUGGUUUGUCCAGUUUCUUUGAAAUUGGCGGUGAGAGAACAUUCCCAUUUACAGAACAUUCUCUGUGGAAAAAGUUGUCUUUCUGUACAUUUCUAGCAGCUCUCUGAAACCAUUCCCAGAAAAUUAUGUGACUGAAAAUGUUCUCAGAAUGUUCCUGAAAAGCUCCUUGUCAAUGUUACGAAAUGAGAAUGUUAUGUGACAUGUUGUAAAGGGCAUCCUUUUGUACUGGGCAGUGAGUGUGAUCCGUGCUGAGGUAAAUACAAGGCGCUAUAGUUCAGCCAGAUAGUAUUACACUUCUCUGGAACAGUGGACAACAGGUUGUUUCCCUAUUGAUUUUGUCCAGGAGGCUAACUGUCCUCUCAGACACAAAGCUAGCAUGUAGCAAUAUCCUUGUGACUCAGUAACAGUAGGUCUAACACUUCCCACUGGGCACACACUGGUUGAAUCAACGUUGUUUCUACAUCAUUUCAAUUAAAUUAACGUUGAACCAACUUGGAAUAGACGCUGAAUUGACGUCUGUGCCCAGUAGGUUUUGUUUGGUCAAUAAAGCUUACCCACAGCUACAAACUUCAAGAUGUUAGCUAGCAAGUAAAUUAGUAUAAAUCACAGUUAGCUAUCCUCACUGUAUACGGCUAAAGGUGGCUGUUUUGUGUUCACACCUUCAUGUGUUAGCCUAAUACUAAUGAAUGGUUAUCGUCUAGAAUAGAUAGUGCUAAUGCUAACAGGAGGCUACUUGCCUACUUGACCAUGUAACACAACGCUUAUGAUAACAUGUCUCUGGUGCUGCAGCUGUCCACUUACUCUCCCUGUCUGGACUUUGCUGCGUCAUUGGGUUUGGAGGACCGGAAGGGUGAAGAGAGAGAGAGGGGGGAGGAGGGAGAUAAAAAAUGAAUGAAGGACAGAGGGUAGACGGACGGACGGGGGGGGGGGGGGGGGGGGGCUGUGUGUUUUUGUGUGAGAAAGAGAGAGAGAGAGAGAGAGAGAGAGAGAGAGAGAGAGAGAGAGAGAGAGGUCAUAGCUCAGUUGGACUAACGGGUCUCCAACCCUGACCUUUUCGAUAUUCCAUGCACACACGCAGUGAAACACAUGCAGAAACACACACUCACACACAAUAUUUCUCACACAUCCUCACAGCUUGUGUAAACUUUGUUUUUUAGAUUAUUCAAAUAAACUAAAUAUAUUAGCAGUGGUGGAAAAAGUACCCAAUUGUCAUACUUGAAUAAAAGUAAAGAUACCUUAAUAGAAAAUUACUCAAUAAAAAGUGAAAGUCAUCCAGUAAAAUCCUACUUGAGUAAAAGUCUAAAAGUAUUUGGUUUUAAAUAUAAAAAUAAUCAAAAAUAAAUGUAAAUGCUAAAAUAAACUAGGUAUCAUAAUUUCAAAUUCCUUAUAUUAAGCAAACCAGACGGCACCAUUUUAUUUAUUUAUUUUAUUUAUGGAUAGCCAGGGGCACGCUCCAACACUCACACUGUUUAGUGAGUCUGCCAAAUCAGAGGCAGUAGGGAUGACCGGGGAUGUUCUCUUGAUAAGUGUGUGAAUUAGACCAUUUUCCUGUCCUGCUAAGCAUUCAAAAUGUAACGAGUACUUUUGGGUGUCAGGGAAAAUAUAAAUAGUAGUACAGAUACCCCAAAAAAACUACUUAAGUAGUACUUUCACGUAUUUUUACUUUAGUACUUUAGUUAUAUGUGCUGCUUUCAUCAAGACACCAUCAGAUGAUCUCAAAGGUUAGAAAUCAAACUGGGGUCUAGAGCUUUCCUCCACUCAUAUUUCACCCCGUGUUGUGUUUCAUUAUGCUAAUAGGUAAUGAAAAUAGCAAUGCAGUCAUGCUGUGUGUGUGUCUUAGCGAUGGUAAUACUGAUAAUGUCUCUCACUGGCAAAACAUGGUGUAGUUUCACAGUUCCUCUGUUAGAGGAGAGUUUGUGCUAACUUUCUUACCAGCAAAGGAGAGUAAAGAGGGGAGGGAGGGGGUCAGCAUGAAUAGGGCUGCAGGGAGAAGAGUAGGAGAAAAAGAAGAAAAGCGGAGGGAAAGGAAGAAUGAAAGGGGUGCGUGUUGACAAAGCCCCCACUUCUCUUUGUUCUCUCUCUCUCUCCCUGCCUCUCCCUCUGUCUGUCUUUCUGUCCAUCCAACCCUCACUCUCUCUCUCUCUCCCCCAACUCUUUUCACUCUCAACCCACACUUUCAUAUGCACCAAUCCCCCUCCCAUCCUUAUUCUGUCCUGAACUAUCUCUCGCCUCCUCUCUUUGCGUCUCCACGCAAAAUUCAUUUUCUCUCCCUCUAGUAAGCCCUUUUUCAACUUUGUCCCCCUCUCUUAAUUCCCCCUUUUGCCCUCUCUCUCGCUCUCUCUUUCUCUCUCACACACAAUUCUUUCUCUCUGUAGUUCUAUUCAUAGUGAGAGUGGUGAGAGCAGGGUAAAUUCUCCUAAUUGAAAUUAUUUACAGGGUCUCCAUGGGGAUAGUCAACUUUGUGGAGCGGAGAACAAAGAGCUAGAGAACAGGACACAGAGUUUGUGAAAAGCUUACCCCCCUACCAAAUAUACACUGAGUGCACAAAACAUUAGGAACACCUGCUUUUUCCAUGACAUAGACUGACCAGGUGAAUCCAGAUGAAAGUUAUGAUCCCUUAUUGAUGUCACUUGUUAAAACCACUUAAAUCAGUAUAGAUGAAGGGGAGGAGACAGGUUAAAAAAAUGAUUUUUAAGCCUUGAGACAUGAAUUGUGUGUGUGCCAUUCAGAGGGUGAAUGGGCAAGACAAAAUAUUUAAGUGCCUUUGAACAGGGUAUGGUAGUAGGUGCCAGGCGCACCAGUUUGAGUGUGUCAAGAACUGUAAUGCUGCUGGGUUUUUCACUCAACUGUUUCCCAUGUGUAUCAAGAAUGGUCCACCACCCAAAGGACAUCCAGCCAACUUGACAAAAUUGUGGGAAGCAUUGGAGUCAAAAAUAAUAAUAAUGGGCCAGCAUCACUGUAGAAUGCUUUCAACACCUUGUAGAGUCCAUGCCCCGACGAAUUGAGGCUAUUCUGAGGACGAAAGGGGGUGCAACUCAAUAUUAGGAAGGUGUUCCUAAUGUUUUGUACACUCAGUAUAUAUAUAUAUAUUUGCAUAGAGAGAGCGAGAGAGGGAGAGAGAGAGAGAGAGAGAGAGAGAGAGAGAGAGAGAGAGAGAGACAGAGAGUAAAUAUUCCCUCCUAGAACUUGGGGAGUGAGACUGUUUAACUUCACAUAGAAAGAAGGACUGCCUCUUCUUUCUCCCCUUUUCUCUUCAUCUCUCCCACGCUCUUUUUCCUCUCCCCUGUACCCCCUUCUUUCUCUCCUCCUCCUUUGUCACCUGUCACCUCCCUCGUUCCCUUCCUCUUUCUCCAUCUGUUAGCCCCCUCUCCUCUCUUGCUCCGAAGUACAGGGCCUGAAGGAGGGACAAUGAAGCCCCAUGCUGUGUGUGUGUGUGUGUGUGUGUGUGUGUGUGUGUGUGUGUGUGUGUGUGUUUGUCCAAGCUCAUCUCUCUCUGUGUCUCUCUCUCUCAUAGGUUGAUGACGCCAUGCUCAUGUUCGACAAAACCACCAACAGACACAGAGGUAUUGCCACGAAACACCAGCUGACACACACACACACACACACACACACACACAAUUCAUUGUGAUAAUCUUCUCUCAGAUCAAUUGGCAGACCAUACUAGCUGGUUUGUUGGUGCAAAAGUAAACCUCUUACAUUGUGAAAGUAUUGAAGAGCCUGAUCCUUGGUUCAGCCAUGCAUGGAAUGGCAGCAUAGCACACAUUGAUUUGUAGUGUAGAUAAUGUUAUGCGGAAACAAAUAACACACACAUUAACACACAUUAUCAGACUCUCACACAUUGUGUAGAUAAACACACACUCAUGCUGAUACACAUGCAAUGUGUAUUUUAAUGUGCGGGAGCUGUACUGGGCUGAGCUGGUUAGGCAUCCACCAUAGUUGCUGGAACCAUGCUGGAAAGGACAAUGUGAAAACAAGGUAUCUGAGCCAUUGGAGUACAGUUCAGGUCGGCCCUAUAGUGUGAAUCAGUCAGGGAGGAACAAGUAAAGGAAGGCGAGAAGGGUUCAUUGGUCAGCUCGUUUAAUCGGGGCUCAGGCUAAAACCUUAGCUAAUACUCCACCCCAUCCCCCUUCACCAUGGCGACAGAUUGACAGUUAGGGCACGCAAACCUGUCUAAAUCCCCUCACAGCCUCUUGAGGUGUGGGGGAGGGAAGGGAGAAGGGACAGGUAAUAGAGUAGGGAGAGAAAGGGGGAGAGACCAGGUGAGUCUCAAUACUUUGAUGGAGUCUCUGCUACCUUUAUGUUCUGUCAUCUGAAAGGGAUUGAAUAGAUGAAAGCAAAUAAAACGUUAUAAUAUGCUCUGAGGGAGAGAGGGAUGGGGGAAAGAAGUAUACAGUAUAUGAGGAUAGGAAAGAGGACAAAGGGAGCAUUAAACAUGGGCUGUGUCCCAAUCAUUAUUUUUUUUCCUCGCCUCCUUCCCUCAUCUCCUUUUCUUCCUUGGUGACCCCUAACCUGGAAUAACUGGACAUGUGAAGUCAUGAUUGCAGUCAGUUUGAUAGAAAAUGGAAACAAAUGGCCAUAGUGGGAAGGUAAAGCAGUCUGUGUUCCUGUGUCCCUCAGGUUUCGGCUUUGUGACCUUCGAGAAUGAAGACAUGGUGGAGAAAGUGUGUGAGAUCCACUUCCACGAAAUCAACAACAAAAUGGUAUGUAUGCAGGCAAUGUGUGUAUAUAUAUGUGUGAAUGUGUGUGUCAGUGUUGAUAGUGAGGAGUGUGUGUGUCUAUAUGCAGAAUAUCUAAAAUAAUUUACAUUCCUCUCCAGGUGGAGUGCAAGAAAGCCCAGCCCAAGGAAGUGAUGUCACCUACGGGUACGGCUCGAGGUCGUGCCAGGGUGAUGCCCUACGGCAUGGACGCCUUCAUGCUGGGGAUCGGCAUGCUGGGUAAGAACAAUAACACUGUCAUUUAGCUGCCGCUAAACACUCUGGAACCGUAUUCAUACAGCUUCUCAGAGUAAGGGUGCUGAUCUAGGAUCAGUUUUGCCUUUUUAACAAUGAAUACGAUCUACAGUAUAUAACAGGGGAGACCUGAUCUUAGAUCAGCACUCCCACUCAAAGAUGCUUUAUGAAUUUGUGCCCAGUACUGGAGAGCAGGGCUAAAGAGAUGAGAGGUAGAGGGGGAUGUGUUUCAGUGGGACUCAAGGAGGCUAUGGCCCACAGUGAAGUCAUAGUAUCUUGCUCCACCUACAGGUCAAUUAUGGCAACAGCAUGGUACUGAGUUCUAGUGCUAGUUGCUACAUGCUACAUGAGGUCUAAUAUGAAUGCAAUAGCAUCAUCUCCUUCAACUGUGUUCAGCCAUAUCCUGAUAGGUAUUUAUUUGUCUCUCUUCACAGGCUACCCAGGUUUCCAAGCAGCUACGUACGCUAGCCGCGGCUACCCUGGGAUCACGCCUGGAUACACCUACCAGUUCCCUGGUAUAUGAGCAUCGCUCUCUCUGUCACGCUUAUUGAUGUAGAGUAUGAGUUACAGACGACUUGAGUCUGUUGUUCAUCCAAAGAACUGUCUAGGUCUGACAACAGAAACAAUGCAUUGGCCUAAUGUCAGAUACAUACUGAUGUUAGUUUUACGUUAAGUGCCAAACACAUAGACAUACCUACACUUUUUACUCCAUGUAUAAACACAUAUGGCAGAGUCUGGCUGCUUGUAGAUUUGUCCUCCUCCUCUCCCCAGUCCUUUUCUCCACUUCCCUUCCCCUCUCAUGUGAAAAGUAAUCUCUGCUGCACUUUUAUCUCUCUUCCAUGUCCACUCUUCCCUCACUGCUCCUCCUUUCUCUCCUUUUCCCCUACCACCCUUCUCCCCUGUAGUCUCUCAUACCCAUUAUAAUUGAUUGCUUGUGUGUGUGUGCCUAUGUGCCUGCAUGUGUGUGUGCACAUGUUCAUGUAAGUGUAUGUGUAUGUGUGUGAGUCGAUUGGCACAUAGAUGGUGUUUGUAUUAAAAAAGCACUCUCUUGACAUUUCUGUUCUAGAAUUCCAUUUAGAGAGGACCACCCUUCUGACAUCAUCCCACCCCUCUGAGCUCACAGGUCAGUCACUCCUCUAAGAUCUACAAGUAGCUCUCGAUCUCUGUCUUUAUAAGGCAACAUCGCCAACCUGUGGUGGAAUGGUGCAAUGGCCCUCUUUUUCCAAUCGGGAAGGGUUCAAUCCUAACUUUGAUAUAACACUUUUUAUUGAUGAAUCAUGGAAUUGACCCCAACAAUGUUACACUUGGAUAUUUUGGGCACGGUUUCACCAUCUUUAAAACUGUAAACUACCGGCCUCCCGAGUGGCGCAGCGGUCUAAGGCACUGCAUCGCAGUGCUAGAGGUGUCACUACAGACCCGGGUUUGAUCCCGGUCUGUAUCACAACCGGCCAUGAUCGGGAGUCCCAUAGGGUGGCGCACAAUUGUCCCAGCGUCGUCCGGGUUAGGGGAGGGUUUGGCCGGGGGGGCUUUACUUGGCUCAUCGUGCUCUAGCGACUCCUUGUGGCGGGCCGGGCGCCUGCAGGCUGACCUCGGUCGUCAUGUGAACAGUGUUUCCUCCGACACAUUGGUGUGGCUAGCGGGUGGGUGUUAAGAAGCGCGGUUAGGCGGGUCAUGUUUCGGAGGAUGCAUGACUCGACCUUCACCGCCCGUUGGGGAGUUGCAGUGAUGAGACAAGAUCGAAAUUGGGGAGUAAAAUAAAAUUGUAAACUACCUGGCAAUGAAUAGUCUGGCCAACUUAAUUCAAACACUGUUUUGUAAGGUGACGUAUAGGUAAAAGAAGACAUCUGAAAUUGUCCCUCUCUCCUCUGUCCCUCAGCCAUUCCACUGUCAGCCUAUGGACCAAUGGCAGCAGCAGCAGCUGCUAUGAGAGGUAGAUAAUUAUCCUUCAUCAUUCUGUCUGUUGUCUAUGUGUAUGUGACUGACUGAUUGACUGGCUCUGUCUCUCUCUCUCGCUCGCUCUCAGGUUCCACCCAGUCGCGUAACGCAGGCUACCUAGGCACCAGCAGCCCUGGGCCAAUGGCUGACCUGUAUGCGGCAGCCAGUCAGGACUCAGCACUCAGCAGCUAUCUCAGCGCAGCCAGUCCUGGCCCCAACUCAGGAUUCGGCCACAGUCUUGGGGUACGUCACUAUCAUGUUUCACAACGGAAAUUUGACUAGUUCCCUGCUUUAGUCUGUUGUCUUCCUUUUGGUGCCUAAUGAAUAUGACCCAGGGUUGGAAUAUCGUGAAGAGGGAUCUAUAAGAGUCAGCUAAAGGAGCCCGAUAUGUGGCAUGUAUCUGGAAGUAUAAAUUGGAUAAUGACAAAUCAAUAAAAUGUUGGCAAUUUUGUAAACCAUAUCCUUUCUUCAUUUCAAACUAUCUACCAGCUGCUCUGUCUCUAAUAGUCAGUGUGUCUCUCUUCGUUCUCAGGGUCCUCUUAUCGCUACUGCCUUCACCAAC